CGAAUUCAUGAUGCGCCUGAAAAUACCGAAAAUAUGGGAUUUGUCACCGCAAUUUGUUUAAGCUCGGAUGACAAGAUAGCCGCAUGUGGAACUUAUGAUGGUGUUGUUGCUGUCUGGGAUCUUGAUAUCUGCCAAUGUAUCACUACAGUUCCACAAAGCAAAGGAAUCCCGGUCUCGUGUUUAGCCUUUUCAUUUAAUCAAACCUUUCUUCUUAGCGGUAAUGCUAUCGGUAAUAUCAGUGUUUUCGACACUUCUAACGGAAUCCUGCAUCGAACAUUCAAUGUAAUGAUGACGCAAGGAGUAGUUCCUCCAAUAUUUGCUCUACCUUCUGGAAAACUUGUAAUUUGCCAUUGUCCGAAAAAUUCGAAAGAGAUGAAAGUGAUGACUUUGGCAGAAGAAGGACCUGUUCUGCGUAGCAAACUAACGCAUAACGAAGAAAUCACAUGCUUUGCAGCUACAGCGGCAGGAACUCUCGUUGUCACUGGCUCAUGUGACCAGUCAUGCAAACUUUGGCAGGUUGACUCGGGAUUUCUUACCCAGAUUCUCGUUGGACAUGAAGGUACGGUGACUUGCGUGGCAUUGGCUGAAGAUGAGCAACUUGUCAUUUCGGGCGCAGUUGAUAAGAAGGUUAGAAUUGAACUUUCUUGUACUUCAUCUCUUUUCAUCCAAGACAUUCAGUAA